AUGGUGCUGUCGUUGCGAGGGAAGGUCAGGUGUGGAAUGCGGAAGGUUGCAAUCGUGGAACACAGGCAGAUAAACGGAGGAGCGACGCUUGUCCUGUCUGCUUCUGAGCGGCCGCACGUCCGUCAGACGCUCCCGGGAGAGAGACGAAGAUGUUGCUGUACCUGGCGGGACUGGUUCUUCUCUGGUAUGUCUACCGGUGGUUUAAGGAGUCCAAGCAAGUGACAAACAAGGAAGAUCGAUAUGUCUACAUCACCGGCUGCGACUCCGGCUUUGGCAACCUCCUGGCUCGACACCUGGACAAGCUGGGUUACCGAGUCAUAGCUGGCUGCUACACGGAAAAAGGCGAGGACGAGCUGAAGAAGGUGUCUUCCAACAGACUGGCCACCAAGCACCUGGACGUCACCGACACUCAGAGUGUGGCUGAAGUUGCCGCGUUCAUCAAGAACCUGGUUGGACCGAAAGGCCUGUGGGCGGUGGUCAACAAUGCUGGCGUCUCCGUCCCGUCCGGCCCCACCGACUGGCUCACCAUCGAGGACUACAAGAGCAUGCUGGCCGUCAACCUCUGCGGCGUGAUCGGCGUGACGCUCAGCGUGAUCCCCCUCCUCAAGAAGGCCAGAGGACGAGUGGUCAACGUCGCCAGCGUCUUCGGCAGAAUCAGUCCCUUCGGCGGGGCGUACUGCGUGUCCAAAUACGGCGUGGAGUCUUUCAACGACAGUCUGCGCUUGAACAUGGCGCCCUUCGGAGUCAAAGUGGCCUGCAUUGAACCCGGCUUCUUCAAAACAAACGUCACGGAUAUCAACCUGAUGAAGGAGAACGUGAAGAAGCUGUGGGAGAGGUUACCUCAGGACGUGAGGGACGACUACGGAGACGAGUUCUACACCAUGUCCAUUAAGAAGCUGACCACCGACAUCAAGCAGCUCGCCGACGCCGACCUGAUGAAGGUGGUGGGCUGCAUGGAGCACGCCAUCUCUGCUGUCCACCCCCGAACCCGCUACUCACCCGGAUGGGACGCCAAGUUCAUCUGGCUGCCGCUGUCGUACAUGCCCGCCUUUGUCACUGACUUUCUUUUCCUUAAGUUCGGCUUUAAGCCCAAAGUAUCUCAGCUGUGAUGUUGAUUUAACCAGUGGUGCCAACGCAACAAUAAAAUUGUUCAGCAUGA